CAGGACAGUUGUGAUGUGAAUGGCAGCAGUCAUGAUACACAGUACACAGACAAUAGUGUUACCGAACAGGUGGGAGAACCAGUCGUUGACGUUGCUAGAAACUACUUGUCCUUCCAACGAAAUAACGCAAACGUUCCACCAUCUCCUCCUCGUUUCAUGAUUCGUUUCGAAGUCGAACCGCAAUUGUGAGCUUGUGCGUUUGCGGCAAUCGUAGUGAACUCGCUGCACUUCGAUCGUGAUCAGGUAUCGUGUUUCUGUGUUUUUUUAUUCUUUUUUUUUUCACUUGUACGUGCACCUCUUUCUAGUAUCUUUCGUUUUGUACCUGGUGAACGCGAGAUAGUCGAUUACUUGGUUCUGACGUGUGUUUUUGCGUACCUACCUUCCUAUACUUACUUAUGUGUUUGUGAAUCGUAAUAUGCGCGAUGAAAUAUUCGUUCGUUGAUGUGUAACUAUGCGCGAAUUAUGGCAAUCGCCUUCCAUUCAGAAUAACGUAUCCGGUGGCUCUGUUUCUGUAUCAACUCGAGUUGCAGUCGUCGAACAAACUUCAGCUACGCAAAUAUAUCGCAUCAACGGACCCGCUAUAGGUAAACAUUUACUAGGCCAGCUUGUCUCCGAAGAUUCGAUCAAAUUAUCGUCCAUUCUCAGUUCUCAGCCUGAGUCAUAUUCUCGCCAAACUAUUCUUUCUUCGCUAGUCAUCGCUAACCAAGAUGGCGAAAACGAAACUCCUCUUGAGGCGGACAACAAUCCACCGCCGGACAAUAACACCAACGAUGACCAUAGCACCAGCAACCAGCAAGGUAAUGACGAUCGUAGUAACAACGCCGCUGACGAUAGCGAUAUAAACAAUAACAACGAUAAUGCCGACGAUAACAACAGUAGCAAUAAUAACGAUAACGGUAGUAAUAAUCAAAACAACGAUCCAGAUGACAAUGACCAACAAAAUAGUAACGAUACCGGUGACUUGAACGAGGACGACAGGACGCAAGAGGGUGACGAAAAUAGCGACAGCGGUAAUCCGGACGAAAACGAUAAAUUAUUCGGCGAUCAGUCUGAUAAAUUCGUCAGUAUUAAUACACCUUACGACAGUAUCGAAGCUCAAUUUAAACCUACCGCUAAUUCGAGCUUCAAAAAAGAUUCGCCAACGUCUCCGGAGGGUGGUAAAUCGGACGAAUUUUCCGGCACCGAAUCAAUGGAAUACAUUCACAUUCCGGAGCAACAGUCUCCACCUGGAAAAGAAAACUGGUAUACGAGUUUAAUAACCAUAGAAGAUUCCAAACCUUGUGAUAAUUCGUUCGACGACUCAAACAAACCCGGCGAGGUACAUGUGAUCACUGGUAACGAUACAUUAUCGGCUGUGAUCUGUUUAGAGGAAGGUUUAGCCGACGAUGACUCGUGGGUCGAAGAACUAGAUCGCGAUGAAUUCGCCGAAUCCUCCGAAGAAGAAGAAGAAGAAGAAGAAGAUGAGGAGGAAGAGGAAUACGAGGAGGACAUUCCGUAUGCGACCAAAGAAGAACCUCGUUAUACCAGAACCGAGAUCGACUUCACGUUACACACUAUUAUAGAAGAAAGUUGCGAGGAAAGCGACGACACAGAGACUGAAAAAACCGCAACGGAGCUGGAAAAAUAUUUUUUCGAGUUCGCCGGCGAAAACGCGAGCCAAUCGAAAGACUUGGAUAGCGUAUCUGAGACGAGUUCCAUAUUCAGCGAGGCUCCAGACAAACAAGAUACGCAAGACGAAAAAGAUCCGGCCGAAUUAGCCUCGUCUAGGCUAGAAAAAUAUUUUCUAUCUGGUUUCAUGGGAUUUAAUAAACGCGAUUCGGACGGCAGUGUUGGUAGCGAUAGCGAAGGUAAACACAGCCCCGAGCAAAGGCGUAAAAAAUUAGUUCGAGCUAGAGGCUCUAGGCAACACGCUUCGUCCGAUAAUUUAAACAAUGAAACCGAAUUACAAGAGUCCAAAUCGCAAUCUGAAGAUUCGGACGAUGACGUCGACGAAAAUAAUUCAUUUGAUAAAAAUGACGGCCAAUUCGACACUGUAAAACGUACCAAAAAGAAGAAAAGGUCGAUGUUGAUGUCGUCCGUAGAACAUCUAGAAACUUGCGAGCAACACGUAGAAUUGACGGUGGAAACCUCUGAAGCGAAAAUCGACUCGAAGUCGAAACCAGACCACGUGACGCCAUUUACUGAUCUCAAUAUUGCCAAAGAAAACGUUACUGAAAAAGUAUCACUUAAGAAUAGCCUUCAAAACGAAAUAAAAAAUUUCUUAAACGCUCCCAAUCCGCCCACCGAAGGGUUAUCUCGAAAAGACUCCUUUAAUAAUUGGAGUUCCGACGAAGAAACAAAUCUCAUGAUGUCGAAAAUGAGAACAUUUUUCAAAAACAUGAUCGCUAAUCAACGCAAAACUGCCAGCCCAGUGGUUAAAAAUCGUAAUAAACCUCCACAAUUAAUUUAUUUCGAAUCCGAAUUAACACGCUUGAUGAAAACUGUACCGGGCUUACGAGAUGAUCAGGUCAAAGAAAUUGUCGAAUAUUUGAGCAGCGAGGAUACUUGGAGUGAUUCUUACGAUUCCUCCGAUUACACGAGUUCCGAUUUGGAGGUAGGAACUAAAAAAAAUCCAUUCCAAGGAAACCUGAAUGUUGCAAAUAUUAACAACGUGAAUAAUUCUACUGGUUUCCAAAAAGAUUCGGAUCUUAUGUACCAUUGUUUAAUGUCGUCAUUUCAAAGAAUCGAGCCGUCUCAAGAUUCGUCUUCAACUCAAUCGAGAAAUUCGCCUCCUCUGAUUAAUAAAGUAAUGCAACAUAUAGGCACCAGGUUAGUAGCCUUGAUGCACGAAGUAUCCGAAGGCGCUACCACACCUAAAGGUCGAUACCAUCGCAGAAUGCAACCAAAACUGCCAACUAUUUCGACGACAACGGAGGAAGAAGAUUCGGUCGAAGAGUGUAGCCCAUUACCACGUUCAAAAUCUUACGAUCCUCUGUUGGAGGAAUCUCGUCAAGAAACCAGUGAUAAUGAACGAUUCAGUUGGCGUGGCAGUUUCGAAUCGGCGUUAAUGACCGGCUCCGAUUCUAGAACCAGACUGCCAUCGACUGGCGAAAACUCAUCAUCCGCUUUGGUCGUAGCCGCAGCUAAACGUCGAUCUGCCGGCGAUUUGUUGUUCAAAUCGGGCAAUAAUAGCAGAGAACAUUUAGAUAGGGUGAGAUCUUGCGGAAGCAUCGGAGGCAGCGCCGAAGAUAAAAUAUGGAGUAUGAGACAUCCUCGUAAACGUCGAAGUAGCGUACCAGAUGCUGCCUCAAAUUCCGGCGAAUCUGCCGACGGCGAGAAUGAUAGCGAUGACGAAGACGAGAGCGAGCGUGAUAAGGCCCUAGAACUCGGCAAAUCUACCACUCUCCCACGAACUUUGCAAACAUGCACGUCGAUGGCCUCAACCACCAAUUCUUUGCCAAGACUGUCGUCAACAUCGCCCGUCAGUCCGAGCAUUUAUAAAGUCAACAGUGUUCAUCAAUUUAACGUGAAAUCGGCGAGAUAUCGACCGCCCGGGUAUAACUCUCGUAAUUCCGGAUCAAUGACCAUUUGUGCUCCUCCUCGACGAGAAUAUGGUAGAAGAAGACCAUCUCCUCAUCAACUUUCGCCUUCUAUAUUGGCUUCUAUGGGUACCGGAGACGAUUGCAGCGUUUCUUCGGAUAUCUCAGAGAGGACCGGUAUACUAGAUGACGAAUGUGAAAAAUCUCCUCUUCAUCAUCAUCAUCAUCGGGUUUCUACCAUAAGCGUAACUAGAAGCGACUCGAUGGCGAGCGUGUACUCUGGAGCCGGCGAGGGUCGUUAUGGAGUUGUUCCAGUCCGUGGAGAAGUAGAGUUCAGUUUGCAAUACAAUUAUAAAGCAGGCGAUGUCGAAAUUCAUGUCAAACGGUGUUCAGAUUUAGCUGCAGUUGAUGUUAAACGGAAUAGAUCCGAUCCAUAUGUCAAAGUGUACUUACUGCCUGAUAAAUCGAAAAGUGGAAAAAGGAAGACUCGCGUCAAAAAACACACAUUAAAUCCGGUCUUCGACGAAACUUUAAAAUAUCACUUACCUAUAGAAGAAUUGGAAACGAGAACGUUAUGGUUGAGUGUUUGGCAUUCAGAUAUAUUUGGAAGAAAUGACUUCUUAGGAGAAGUUAUUAUACCAUUGGAAAAUAAAGUCUUUGACGAUCCAUUACCAAAACUUUACGCUUUACAAGAAAGGUCUGAAGUUAUAGACAAUUUAUCCAAUUUAAAAGGAGAGUUGAUAGUAGCAUUGAAAUUCGUAUCAAAUAUCGAAGGUACUCUUAAAAAGAGACCAACCAAGGAAGCUGGUUCUUUGCACGUUUUAAUUAAAGAAGCCAAAGGCCUCAGUGUGGCAAAAUCCAGCGGUGCUUCGGAUCCUUUUUGUAAAAGCUAUUUGUUACCAAGCAAAGGUCGUAGCUGUAAGCAAAAGACGCCAGUUUUAAAACGAACUUGUCAUCCAAUUUGGAACCAUACUUUUGUGUAUAAUAAUGUUACCCUGGAUGAAUUAUCGCAGCGUUGUUUGGAGUUGACUAUAUGGGAUCACGAUAGACUUGCUAGUAAUGAAUUCCUGGGUGGUGUUAGACUUUCAUUAGGAACUGGUUUAUACAACGACAAAUCAGUCGAUUGGAUGGAUUCGAAUAAUAGAGAAAUAGCACUAUGGCAAAGAAUGAUAGACCAUUCUAAUUUUUGGGUAGAAAGUUCUCUAGUAUUGAGACCAUCGUUGGAUGUUCGUAACAAGACGUGAACUUUAAUUAAAUUUUUUUUAGCUACAGCUACAACAAUUUAUAUGUGAUAUGUUUAUUUUUAAUCGCUUAAUAUUUUGUAUGUCGUAAUUUUUUAUAUUUUAUUUGUACCAAAUAAAUGAAUUUGUAUAUUA